GCCCCUGGAUGGGGUGGGCUUUGCGGGCGCUGUUUGGAUCGUCGGGCUGGACAGUGUAGCGUUCUCCCUGGAGGCUGCUGCACAACUUCCUACGCCCGGACCCGGCGCAGAGGGACAGGUUGCUCGUGGGCGCGAUGAGCCGCCUGGGCUCGGUGCAGCGGAAGAUGCCGUGCGUGUUUGUGACGGAAGUGAAAGCUGAACCCUCGGCCAAGCGGGAGCAUCAGGUACCCGGCCGGCCAUUUAAAGUUUUGGCAACUGAAACUCUAAGUGAAAAGGCGUUAGAUGCAGAUGUAUACAAUGCAAUUGCAACAGAAAAAGUGGAUGGAACAUGUUGUUAUGUUACUAACUACAAAGGUAAGCCCUAUCUUUGGGCUCGACUGGAUAGAAAACCUAACAAGCAAGCUGAGAAAAGAUUUAAAAAAAUUCUACAUUCCAAAGAAAGGUCAAAAGAGUUUCUUUGGAACACUGAGGAAGAUUUCAAGCCUGUCCCAGAGUCCUGGAUACCAGCAAAGGAAAUAGAAAAACAGAAUGGGAAGCCAAUACCUGAUGAAAACGGACACAUUCCUGGUUGGGUGCCAGUAGAAAAGAGCAGCAAGCAAUAUUGCUGGCACUCGUCUGUAGUGGAUUAUGAAUCUGGGAUUGCCCUGGUACUAAGGCACCAUGCUGAUGACCCUGCACUUUUGGAAAUUAGUGCCGUGCCUUUGUCAGAGCUUUUAGAACAAACCCUGGAACUGAUAGGAACAAAUAUCAACGGAAACCCAUACGGACUAGGAAGCAAAAAAUACCCAUUACAUUGUCUUACACCACAUGGAGCAUUCCAAGUCAGAAAUCUGCCUACACUGAAACAUGAUGACCUGCUGUCCUGGUUUGAAGACUGCAGAGAGGGUAAAAUUGAAGGGAUUGUAUGGCAUUGCGGUGAUGGCUGUUUAAUUAAGGUCCAUCGCCACCAUCUUGGUCUGUGCUGGCCACUUGCUGAUACUUACAUGAAUUCCAAGCCAGUUGUUAUUAACAUGAACCUGAACAAAUAUGACUUUGCCUUUGAUAAUGAGUGCUUGUUUAGUCGGUUUUCAAAAAUAGAUAAACAGAAAUUUGCUAGGCUCAAAGAUAUAAUACUUGAUGUAUAAAAAGGGAAUAUAGUUAGGAUUAUUCUGAUUUUCCAAUAUUGAACAGUCUGACAUGUUUACAGAGGUUAAAAGCUUCAAUUUAAUUUUGCUAGCUAUUUGGAAAAACAUAUGUCAUAAAUUCUAAACACUUAUGUGUCUAGGUAUUUAUAGAAAUCAUAGCUAGGAUUUGACUAUCUUGACACAAUAAGUAUAAAAUAAUCACAAUAGUAAAAUUAUUACAAGUUUACCUUUAUGCUUUUAGAAAUUUUAAGACAUGAAAAUAGGAAUAUUUAUCAUAGCUCAUUAUGCACUGUAUGAUCAUAAAUUAUUGAAAUCUUCAAAAAUAUAUUUUCUACCAAGUUAAAACUAAAUAUUUUAUUUUUAAGCAAAAAUACAAUAUUUUGAGAUGUGAAUUCUCUAGUUCAUAGUCUGCUUGAUUUCCAGCUAAAACUUUUUGUCAUAAAAGUUUUAAAUCUACAGUUAAAUGAGGCCUUUACUAAAUAGGGAAACUGAUAGGGCUUUCUCCAUCUUCUGACUGUUGAGAAGCAGCAAUGGGGCUCGGUAAUUCAAAUCCAAACUGUUCAGAAAGUUUUUGUAGCUUCUCUUCUAAUAGAAUAUUUUUUUUUACUUCUUCCUUAUAAUUGUACUUCAGGUCUUCAAUUUCUUCAAAAAAUGAAGGAUCAAAAUUUUCCAGUUCUUUCUUCAGCUUAAUAAUUUCCUCCUGAAAGUUAUAUAUAGGAAAACAUGUUUUUGGUUUGAAAUUUAGGACAUUUGACUACUAACAUGAACAAUCAAAUAACAGUAAAAUAUAAAGCAAAAUAUUUAAGAUGUUUGUUAAUAAAAUUUCAUUGUAUCAUAUGAGUAAUGUACCAACUGACAUCUUGCACUAAAUUAUAAAAUCAAAUCUUUCUCUAAACUGCAUCAGAUAUUCUCAAGCAAGCAAAAAGGACUUUGCUCUUCACAGCAUUGAAGCUAUUAUCUUAAGAGUUUUCAGUAUUUUGAAGCUAUUAUCUUAAGAGUUUUCAGUAUUUUUUUUAAAGUUCUGAUUUUUUUAAUCUUUUAUAUAUAAUAUUUAUGAUCAUGGAAACUCUGGGACUUGCAGAAGUUAAGCACCUGGUGAAGAUUCGGAAUGUGAGUGCUAAUGGCUUGUUCACACUACCCAGGGAUGAGCAGCCAGUGCUCACUACCAGACUUGUGUUUCUCGAGUCUUAAGGUAGAGACCAGAAGUGUUUUAAGGAAAAGAUCCCUGAAAAUAAUUUCAAAAAGUUCUUAGCACUUUUCUUAACUUUUCCAAACAUGACCCACAAAUUAAGAAAAUAAAAAACUGUUGAGAGGUACAUUUGUUAACAAUUUAAAAAUAAAUUUAUUCUCUAGUCC